GUCAAAAAUGUCAAGUCCUAAUUCCUUGCUAGAUCCGGCGCGCACGGCUGGAGAUGCAGAGAAAGGCAGAAGAGAGUCUGCUCUCGAGUAUGGUGGGAAACAAUAAGCAAACAACUAGGCAUUUACAGCUGUUUCCGGGAUAGAUUGGUGGUGAUCAACUGAGAGAAGGGACUAGCAUUAAGGGGAAUCGAGAAAGAGUUCUUGAAUUAGAUAGAUUUCCGCUGGGACUUGAAGAAAAGCGGGAAAAUUAAAAAAAAAGAAAAGGCAUGAAGAGGGAAUGAACUCCAGGUGUGAAGGGCCAGCGAAAGCGCCCUGCGUUGGGAAAUGGGGCGGCUUGUUGGAGGAGCAGAAAGGAAGCCAGUGCCUUUUGAAUCAGAACGGUGGGCAAGAGCAGCAAGAUGCUGCAGCACAUCGACUACAGGAUGAGAUGCAUCCUGCAGGACGGCCGCAUCUUCAUCGGUACCUUCAAGGCCUUUGACAAGCACAUGAACCUGAUCCUGUGUGACUGUGAUGAGUUCAGGAAGAUCAAGCCAAAGAAUGCAAAACAACCUGAACGUGAGGAAAAGAGGGUUCUGGGACUGGUCCUGCUUCGUGGGGAGAACUUGGUCUCUAUGACUGUGGAAGGCCCACCCCCUAAAGAUACCGGCAUUGCCCGUGUGCCAUUAGCUGGCGCUGCAGGAGGCCCUGGCAUUGGCAGGGCUGCGGGCAGAGGUGUACCAGCGGGUGUUCCCAUGCCCCAGGCUCCUGCAGGCUUAGCAGGACCUGUCCGGGGAGUUGGUGGGCCUUCCCAACAGGUGAUGACCCCACAGGCAAGAGGGACUGUAGCUGCUGCUGCAGUUGCUGCCACAGCCAGUAUUGCAGGAGCCCCAACACAGUAUCCCCCUGGUCGAGGAACUCCUCCCCCACCUGUGAGCCGAGGGACACCUCCUCCAGGCAUGAUGGCCCCUCCUCCUGGAAUGAGACCUCCCAUGGGCCCUCCAAUGGGGAUGCCCCCUGGACGAGGGGCACCAAUGGGCAUGCCCCCUCCUGGCAUGAGACCCCCUCCUCCUGGGAUGAGAGGUCCCCCUCCCCCAGGAAUGCGCCCACCAAGACCUUAGGAUUUCUCAGCUGCUGUGAUGCUGCCUCUGUCUUGAGGCUGUAUAUAGUUUUGUGGGCUUUUUGUAUAAAGUGUGCUGCUUUUAAAUUGAUUAAUAAUAAACUCUUGAGGGAAAAAAAA